AUGGUGAGACACAGUGGUAUUAUUAUCUUGUGCCUUUUAUCUUCAACAUGGUGUGUUAUUGCUUAUAUACCAAAUGAUGAUAUUUCAAUAAUUCAUGAACGUGUAAUGGAAUUAAUGGUAUGGCCAGUGAAAGAAAAUAUUUCCAUUGUAGUAGGCAAUGCAGCAGUAUUUACUAAAACAUUAAAUAGUUCUUGUUAUUGGCCAGAUGUUAAUUAUUAUGACAAAGGUCUUGAUACGUGGUUUACAGCAGAACAUGUCUAUAGAGUAACAACGAUGUUACAAGCAUUAACUGUGAAUGGUUCAUCGCUAAAAAAUGAUCCCGAAAUACGCGCAUCUGCUCAUUGUGCUCUCAAUGUUUGGUUGGUAAAGGAUUGGCAAAAUCCUAAUUGGUAUUUUAAUGAAAUACGUAUUCCUCUUCAUUUGACUAGCCAGUUACUAAUGCUAGGUGAUAAUGCCACAAGUUUUGAAAUUGAAAAGAUAGAAGAGAUUUCUUAUCGUGCUGCUUGGUGGUUAAGUAGAGGAACAGAUGUUGGAGCCAAUCUUUUAUGGAUGAUUCAAAUUGAGAUUUAUCGUUCAUUAGCAACCAAUAAUAUUACAGGCAUUGUACAAGGUUUUACACGAAUGUGGCAAGAUAUUACUUUCCAAUCAGCAAGUAGUAUAGGAGUACAAUAUGACUGGUCUUAUCAUUUUCAUGGACGACAAUUAUUAUCUGGGAGUUAUGGUAUGAUUUGGGCUGAACUUAUUUUUUCAUUCGUUGUAUGUACACAAGGUACACAAUUUGUAGUAAGCGAUCAACAAUUAUCUCUGUUUGUUGAUUUCAUCACUAAAGGUGAUGCAUGGAUGAUCCGAGGCUGUAACUGGGAUUUCAAUGUCAUUGGUAGAGCAAUUGCAAGACCCGAAAGAGAACAACGUGUUAGUUUUUAUACACCAUCAAUUAGAAAAGUAGCAGAGUUAGUUGAAGAUUAUGAUACAAAAAUACAAUUACUCAGUUUUGCUGAUCGUCUCGAUGAUCAAUCUAAUGCUUCUUUAUUAAUUGGUAAUAAAAAUUUUUUUCUUUCGGACUAUCAAAUGCAUCAUCGUGAAAAUUGGGCCGCUGGUAUUCAUAUGCAAUCAUCUCGAACACAACCUACUGAAUGUAUUAAUGGUGAAAAUCAAAAAGCAGAACAUACAGGGCAAGGUGUACUCAAUUUAUAUGUAGGAAAUACUUAUGAUUAUGAUAAUGUUUAUCCACUUUGGGAUUGGCAAGCUAUCAACGGUAUCACAGUUGAACAUGAUAUACCUCUUGAACGUUGUAAUGGUGCAACUUUUCCUUGGAUAUUAUUACCAUUUGUUGGUGGCGUUAGUGAUAGUCAAUAUGGUCUAGCUAUGAUGGAUACAGCAUCACAUAAUCUUACUGCUCAAAGAUCAUGGCAUUUCUACGAUGAUGCUAUCAUUGCAUUAGCUACUAAUCUAACAUUAAGAACACCAACAACAGCAUGGACUACAUUGGCAAGUCGAUUACUACCAACUGGACAAGUUACCAUUGGUUUCUUUAAUUCAACUAUCAUCACUCUCUCAGAUGGAAACUAUUCUUUUCCUUAUGCUCAAGGAAACGCAUCUAAUGUUCAAUGGCUACAUCUCGGUGGAUCAGAUAUUGCUUAUUUACUACAAUCACAACAACAAUAUUCUUCAUUGGGUAUCGAACUUAAAAAUAAAACAGCCAAUUAUCUUGAUAUUGGUGCUUAUAAUGCUACAAUAUCAGGACGUGUCCUGACGAUAUGGAUCAAUCAUGGUGUGGGACCUUAUAUUCUUGAUUAUAAUUAUAUUAUGUUACCAAAUGUUUCUCUCGAAACAGUACCAUCAGUAAUUAAACAAUAUAGUGAAGAACAAGUGUUUGAAUGUACAUCAACUAAUGCUAACUUUCAUCAAACCAUGUGGCCAUCAUUAAAACGUGCAUCAUUUGUUUUGUGGAAUAAUGUAACAACAACAUUUUCAUGCAAGAGUCCAUUAUUUCAUGUACAUAUUAAGGUGCAUGAUGCUGGCGCUUAUCUCUUUAGUGAAAGCGAAACAAACUUUACAGUGACAGCAUCUCAUCCAACACGAGUUGGUGGUAAUGUCAAACUGACAAUUGAUCGAGUUGGAUCUGGUCAAGGAUGUAUGCCAUCAUCGGAUGACAAUGCGGGAACAACUGAUGUGUCACUGUCAUUACCUUCGUCCGAUACAUAUUUAGGUGCAUCAGUCAAUGUUACAUGCAACAAAUAA